AAAGCAUUAUUAAUGGUUCAGUAUAUCUUCGAUGGAGAAAUACACGAAAUUACGCCCAGUCCUCAUGGGAACUCGCGGCAGAAACAAGCGGGUGGAUAUAUUUGCACAAAACCAAGCAUAUUAAAAAGAGUAAAAGAAGUUGCUGAAACAUCUGGACCUAGAGGAACCUUUCAUCGUGUGAGCAAAGAAAGUGGUGGUUCCUUAGGUGCCAGUGCAGCAAGUGACCUUCCCCGAAACAGAACGCAAGCCAAAAAUUGCCGAGCCAAAACAAAGCAAAUCAUGAGUUUUAAAAAGUUGACUCUCUUGCUGUUUCUCCAGGAGUGCAAGAGGAAGCAAUUAAGCCAAGGAAAAGAUCCCUUUAUUUGUGACGUAUCAGCUGCUCCUGAACUCAGAUGUCUUCUGUGUUACGAUUGGCAGCUUAAUGAGAUCGAGCAAUUCUGCACUGAUCCUCAAAACUUUGUAAUAUUUUUUGCAGAUCCCACAUUCAAUCUAGGAAACUUCAUUUUAACCGUUACGACGUAUCGCAAUUUAAAGUUAACAAGAAGAGAAGGUCAUCAUCCUUUAAUAAUAGGACCUCUUCUAAUUAGCCAAACCAAUACAACAGAAGUGUAUGAUUACUUCUAUGGGAAAUUGACUUCCCUUAAUAGAAACAUAAAAAACGUUCUUGCCAUAGGGACAGAUGGGGAAGAGGCUUUGAUCAGCGCCAUGAAGAACAGUAUGUGCUAUGCAAUUCAUUUACGAUGCUUUGGGCAUUUCCGCAAAAAUUGUAUAUUACAACUGAGAAAAUCGAAUGUCUCGGACACAGCACAAAAUAUUUUUCUUGAUGACGUAUUUGGAAAAAGAUCAGGGAGAUUUUAUGAGAAGGAUAUGCUUGCAAAAACGUAUUACUAA